AUUUGUCUUUCUGUUUCUCUUUCUGCUCCUUUGUCCAAAAAUAAAAGACACACAUCCAUAGAAAGGAUACUUAAUGCUUUUCCCGACAUCCGGAGAGCACACAGGACACGGACUGUAACGUCACCUUGUUGUUAUUAUUAAAUCUCUGCUUGUGAUUUCCGCAUUGAAGGUGGAGACUUCAGAGUGGGACAGGCCUGUUGUGUUACGUUACGGGAAGUUGCUCAAUCUCGGAAAAACACAUUUUACCAAACUGUGAGAAAAACAGCCGUUCCUGCUCUCACAGGUGUAUUAAAUGGCGAGAAAUUAACGCUCAUUGCGGCGCUGUUAUUCGUAAACCAUGAAAGUAUAUCUGACAGAUUCAAACACAGGUCGUGUCAGUAUUUUUGUCGCAGAAUGAACAACUCAGUAACUUCCGCUACUUACAUCCGUAACCUCAGGUAUAGUUCACUUCGUAAGUUGUCCGACUUUUUGGACCCUCAAGACAGGUGGAGAGAACUUAUUGGCUCCAUACGGAAGCCGAGUGGGGAGUGGAGGUACUCUCAGCAUCAUGUGAGGAGAUUUGAAGGCCUUGUUGCACAGGGUAAAAGUCCCACAGUGGAGCUGCUAACAGACUGGGGGACCACCAACAGCACAGUGGGUGAACUGGUGGACAUCUUGAAGAGUCACAAGUUACUGGCUGCUGCUAGUGUCCUGCUCCCUGUGGAAGAGGCCGUCUUACAAGAGCAACAGCCUGCCUGUCCAGCAGUAGCAAAUUACAACAAUCUUCCAACUAGACCUCUGGAAGAGACAGAGCACAUAACAGAGCACACACCAACACCUGACAGCUCUGAUCUGCAGCCACAGACUGCAGUGGAGAGCUGUGAACCAGGCCACACAGGUUUCUCCAGUUUUUUGUACAAUGAGCUGAUGCAGAUUACAGGCAACUUUGAUGACCGGCCCAUAUCAGACGGUGGCAGAAGACUCGGAGAGGGAGGCUUUGGCACUGUGUACAAAGGCGUCCUUAAUGACAAGCCUGUUGCAGUGAAAAAGCUCAAUCCAAUGGAUGACCUGUCCCUGGACGAGCUGCGAGUUCAGUUCAACCAAGAGAUUGAAACUCUGAAAGUGCUGAAACAUGAAAACUUGGUUGACAUGGUUGGAUUUUCCUGUGAUGGCCAGCACCCAUGCUUGGUGUAUGCCCUUAUGGCCAAUGGUUCUUUGCUAGACCGACUAUCUUGCUCGGAGGAAAGUCUACCAUUGUCCUGGCGACAGAGGUCCUUGAUAGCUGAAGGGGCAGCGAGAGGCUUAGAGUACCUGCACAGCAACCAUCACGUCCACAGAGAUGUUAAAAGUGCAAAUAUCCUCUUAGAUGAAACGUUUGUGGCAAAGAUAUCAGACUUUGGGCUGACGAGAGCUUCGGCCAAGAAGACGUCAACAACCAUGAUGACAGAGAGGAUUGUGGGUACCCGUGCAUACAUGGCACCUGAGGCGUUAAGAGGAGAGAUCACACCAAAAUCUGAUGUCUUCAGCUUUGGAGUGGUGUUGUUAGAAAUAUUGUCUGGACUCUCGCCAGCCGAUGAAAACCGCGAGCCACAGUUCUUGAUGGAGAUGAGGUACGAUAUAGAUGAUGAAGACGAGGAGCUGACAUUUGAGGACUUUCUGGACAAAAAGAUGAGGGACUGGGAGCUGAGCCAGGUGGAGAGCGUCUACUCUUUGGCCUGUAAUUGCCUCCAUGACAGGAAAAACAGACGGCCAGUAAUCAAACAGGUCCUGUUGGAGCUUAAAGGAGUCGUCAAAAGCGAAGUAUAGCAUUUCAGAAAAGAUUUCUGAGCCUGCUCCAGUCACGGUGCACUUACAAAUUAAAUUCUGCAUCUUUUUUUGUAACAAUAUACAUUUUUUUUAUUAUUCACUAUAAUUAUAGAGAUUUUUAAGAUGGAAGCUUAGUUUUUACAGUUUUUCUACAGCAUUUUUUGUUCUUCCCAGUGUUUGACAUGUAUUUAUUGUAAAA